UAUCUGUUGACAGUUGUGUCUCAAAGGAAGCUCAAAGAUUUAGUUUUAGCCAACUUGUGCUAGAAGUGAAGGUCUAGUGUGCUUUUAAGUUGAAUAAGGACUCAUGUCCCACACUUCUAAUGAUUUUAUCCAACCAAAGAAAUGGAUGACGAUGAACGGCAGAGGAAACUAGAAACUGGAAGAGCCAAGAAAGCCUCCGACAUGCCUAGAAGCCAGUCGCUUGCUUGCUACCGACAGAAGCGGGCGAAAGGCAACAGUGCGGGGACGUCGAAAAAGACGCAGAAGAGGAAGGGCCAGACUGUCUCGCAGAAUGACGGAGCGACGCAAGGCCGACCCGUAGACGCAGCGCUUUCCUCAGCCAAUGACACGGAGCUGAACAAGAAGACCAACCAUGAGGAACCCCAGAAGCCGGAGAAAUCAAAGGUUCAGAAGGAUCAGCCCCCCGCCCUGGAGCAAAGCCCGUCCCCUGUGGAAGAUAUUGAAGAAGAGGAGCUGGUAGCACUCACCGGCAAAGAGCAGCUCAAGCAGCUACAGGAGGCCGUGGAGAGGCGUAAUGAAAUAAUUGCCAGGCUCAGCUCCAACCUGCAGGAGGCGCUCGCCAGCAGAGACCAGGUUCAGCUGGAGGCGCAGUCGCUAGCUGGACAGAUCCAGGGGCUGCAGAGACAGCUCCAGCAGACCAGUGUAGAGUUUCUGCGCAUCAAAAGCCAGUCGGGGGCUGAAGUCCUCAACACCCGACAACCGCAUGGCCGUUGCUCCCAAGAUGCAGACCUCAAUCACAAGGAGGCACCAUCAGGGAGUGCAGCUCCUGAGACAAUAUCGUGUGUUGAAGGCUUCAGCACUGAGACUGACACUGCUCUGGAAAAACUGAGGGUGGAGUUGGAAGAAGAACGGAAGAACAGCCAACGCAUAUAUGCAGAACUAGCAUUGGAGAUGGAGAAACACCAACAUGUGCUUUCUUUACUGGAGAAGGAGAAGAAAAGCAGGGAAGAGGAACAAAAGGAAAAGGAGGAACAGCUGCAAGACCUCCAAAUGCAGUUUAGCUUAGUCCAAACCCAGUGCCUUGAGAUGCAGCAGUACAAGGAGGAGAAGGAGAAGCUGAACAGAGAGGUGCUGGAGCUGAGGAAAAGGCUUCAGGAGGAAGCCGAUGCAGAGAGGAGACUCGGUGAGGAGGUGGCCAGCUCCGCUCUUCGCCUCCAGAGACAGGAGGAGGAGAUGCUGAGGCUCAAAGAGGAGCACAGAGAGGAGGUGGAGGGAGUCAGGCAGCUGCUGGAGGAGAGGGAGAAGGAACUGAAGUUCAGAGAGGAGGAGGUCCUGGGACUCAAGGCUUCUAAGAAUCGGCAGAACAAAGCCAAAGCUGGUUUUAGUUUUGAUGAAAAGGUUCAUCUAGACGAAGCUGACCUGGAAACAGGACCUGUUGAGAACAGCAUGAAUGUAUCUGUGGAUAUUCUGAUGGAGCGCUACAUGUCCUCACAUCGUCCUGCACACUCUCAAUCUUCAAUGGCCGGUGACAGCUUGGAGCGCUGCGGUCAGCUGGACAUCUCUGCAGACUACAGUUUUGAGCUGAACAGUGAAGUGUUGGGAGAUGAGCCUCUGUUGUCCAUCUCAAACCGUUUCCUCGAAGAAGACGACAACCGUCAUAACACCUCAACCCCACAUUGUUCUCCUGGCAUCCCUCUCCCUGAUAAUUCCAACCCUCAGUCUCCAUCUCAGUGGUUUUACGACUCCACGCCCGACGAGCUGGAGACGAGUAAACUGUCCGAGCAGCAGUUUGAGCAGACUGACCUGGAGAAGGAGCUGCUGAAUCAGCAGUGUGGGGAGCUCCGUGACGAGCUGCUUCUCAAGGACCGGGACUUGAAUGUGUUGAGGGAGGAAGUCAUCAACACUGCUGAAGAGCUGGAGGAGGCCAGGAGCAGGUGGGGCCAGGUAACAGAAGAGCUCAGGCAGGCUCUCUGGGAUCUAGAAGAGGAGAAGGAGAAGAAGAGGCUCGCAGAGGAGGAGAUGAACUUGAAAGCUCACGAACAAGACAACCUGAAAAACAAACUCAGUGCCUUAAUGGAAGAAAGAGAAAAAGAAAAAGCAGUAUUGUUGACGGGAAAAGAAGCUGCUGAAACCUCCCUGCUGCUUCCUGCUAUAACUCCAUCAGAAGAGGAAGAUGAGCUGGUUGGGGAGCUGAAGAAUAAGCAGGCUGCUCUCCCGUCUCAUCAGAAGCAGCAGGAUCUGCUGUUGUUGUCUCAGCAGGAGACAAAGCAGCCGGCAAUCUCUGCCGAACAAAUCUUAGAGCUCAGAGACGACAAGCCGCUGCAGACUCUGCAGGUUGAGGCCACGGUUGGCCAACUGGAGACUCUGCAGAGUGAAUUGGGCCUCAAAGAGGUUGAACUAAAACACCUCGCUCUACAGCUGGAGCAACUGACCAAUCAGAAUGCAGCUCAUGUUAACGAGCUCCAAGAACAGAUUGAUGUCCUAAAGGAAAAUGUUUCUGCUCUCACUAUACUCAAUGAGGAGAGAGAGGAGCAGAGCGAAGCUGAGGAACCAGAGGAGGAGAAUUUCCCCUCAGCAUUACUCGAGGAGAAAAAUCAGGAGAUCGACCACCUCAACGCUGACAUCCAAAGACUGGAACAGGAGUUGGACAAUACCGGGGACAACAAGGCUUUGGAGGCUGAGCUGGAGGAUCUGCGCUCACAGGUGGAACACCUUCAGUCUGAGGUCAUGAGAGUGCGUCAGGACACACAGGAAGAAGUGGAGCGCCUUCAUGAGGUCAUCAGCACUCUGCAGGCAGAACUCGCCACAUUAGGCCCGAACCUGCAUGAAGUGAGUGAUUCUCAGGACGGAGACAGCAUCAACCCCUCACCGGCUCCCAGCCCCGAACCUGACGACUACAUCGCCCAAGAACAGGCGAGGAGGGGGGGGGCGGCGAACAGCCUGAAGCAGGAGCUCAGCCUGAGUCACUCUGCCUCCUCUCAUUCCCUGCGAUCGCGCUUCAAGACCCUGCAGAGUCAGCUGGAGGCGGCGGUGGCAGAGAAAGAGGGACUGGAGAGAUUACUGCUCACUCAGGAGGAAGAGUACAGAGGACACGGGGAGGAGUUCGGAAAGAGGCUGACAGCAGAGAGGGAGAAGGCCGAUACACUCCAAAGUGUCCUCACCCUCAAAGAGGCUGAGCUGGAUGAAGUCAAAGCCCAGAAAGAAGGGGAUGCAGAGCAGAGGAAACUAUCUGAAGAGGUACAUGACAAAGUUCAGAAGCAAGAGAUGAGCACCCUGCAUGACAAGAACCUCCGUCUCAACUCUCUGAUCGCUGAACUCCAAAAGAAAGAACAGGAGAGGGUGACGGAGAUGGACACUCUAAAAACAAAGGAGCAGGAGAUGGAAAUGGAAACGGAAGUCCUCCGAGAAACCAGCCUCACUCUCGAGAGACAAGUCCAGGAGAUGAGAGCCGAGCUGGUCGACAUGGAGGAGCUGGUUGAUGAGGAAAGGAUAAAGAUUAAAACUCUUAAGACGGUGAAGGGAGAGCUGUCUGCUGAGCGCGAGACACUGAGGAAGAGGGAGGGGAAACUGCAGGAGGAAAUAGAACAUCUCAGACAGGAAGCGACUUCCAUGAGAGCCUGUAUCCAGGAGCUGACCGUCCAGCUCAACGAGAGGGAAUCCAUUCAGGAAGAGGCUCAGAAGGAGGUGCUGACCCAUGCUGAGGGGACCCUGGCUAAAGCAGACGCUGCUUUGAGACAGAGGGAGGCAGAGCUCGCCGGACUGAGGGCGGAGCAUCAGGCUCUGAAGGCGGAGCUUACUGCGGUGAAACAGGGUCUGAGUACCAGCACAGAGAGGGCGGAGAAACUACAUGAGGAAGGACAGACUAAAGACCGUGCCCUGCUUAACCUUGAGACUGAUAACCAGCGGCUCAAGGCGCAGCUUCGGGCUCUUCAGGAAGACCUGGCUGUUCAGGAAGAGGAACUGGCCUAUCAGCAAAGGGAACUACAGCAACUCAGACAACACUGUGACCAGCAGGACACACUCCCUCACCAACGAGGACACACACAGAAGGAUAUUUCUCACAGAGCCUUUGAGGACCUUGUGAGCGUCUCUCGUGAUGACGUCUCUCUGAGCUCUCCGGAGGUUUUAAGGAGACUCGAAUGCUCCGAAGACAGAAUUCCAGAGCGUUUCCGCGCCUCUGCUAUCGGCUCCCGUCUGUCUGAGUUCAGCGCUCUGAACAGCACCGGCCUGGACCUCCACCACGUCAAGACCUCUCCCAGAGUCGUGAUGGAGUCUCCACGCUCCAGGACCAUCACACCGGAGCCGGCCACGCAGAGUUCCCGCUCUCCAAUCUCCGGCUCCGUGUCCGUCAACGACAACUUCUCCAUGCUCGACUCCCUGGACACUGACAAAGUGCGCGAGUUGGAAGAUCUUGACAUGACAACUCCAUCAUCUCUUCUUGGUUCCACUUCCUCUUUGUCGGCACCAGAAUGGGCCAGUGAUGGAUAUGGUAGCAAUGUGAGUUCAGAGUUGGGUGCGAGGCUGAAGGUGGAGCUGGAGCAGACUGAGAGGCUUGAUGCUCAGUUUCUUGAGUAUCUCCACUGCAGAGGAAUGAACCCCACAGUAAACACAGAUAGUGCUGCAGGCAGUAUGAGCUACAGCGAUGCGCUGUUGUCACCUGAGCUGCAGUGUCUGCUGAAAAAGGUGUAUCAAGAAAGCUGCAGGAUUCUCACUUUGUCCAAGCGUCGUGCCACUUCCUCAACAUAUCCUCACGUCUCGGACUUAAGAGCCUUUGCAUUGAGUCACACAGAGCAUCAUUCUGAAGGUGGCUCCAUUGUACUGGACCGGCGGGACAAUCCCCCCUCCAUCCCCCCCAUGGGCUGGCAGCAGGAGAAGAGGGCGCUGCAGGAGACCGUGGUCGCUCUCAGAGAGCUGCUCUGUCGUAUGGCACAGAGACCCACACAAACUGAGCACAGAGUCGAAGGUGACUGGCACGGAGAUCGGGUUGAUGGACAGGUUGAAUCCCAUCUGAGGGCCGAGUUGGAGGAGAGUCAGAAACAACUGAAGUGUGCUCAUGACACUCAGCAAGAGCAAAAGAACAAAAUACAGUCAGUCAGGGUGGCUGUAGCAGAGGGUGAGGAAGCCUUGAGAAGGGAGCAGGUCAGAGUCCAGGAGCUUCAACAACAGCUGGAGCAGGAGCAAGCUCUGAGUCAGCGCAAGGACAGAGAGAAGGAGGAAAGGAGAGAGGCUCUGCAUGUAUCCUCUGAGCAGCAGAGGUCAGAGGUCAUGGCUCUAAAGGGUCUGGUGGAGCAGGAGAGAGUGGCCUGCAGCAACCUGAGACGGGAGCUCCAGAUUGAACAGUCCCGCAGUGAGCUGCUGGAGAAACGCCUUGACGACACUCAGAAGGAGCUAGGAGACGAACGGCAACUCUCUGCUAACCAGAAAGAGCUCAAACUGCAAGACAAGACUCGUCUGGAGCGCCUUCUGACCGAAGCAGAGUCUCGCCUCGCAGAAAUCCACUCCACGCUCGCAGAAGCUCACAGGAAGGUGGACGAAGAGAGAGAACGUUACUCCAGGCAGGUGGAUGAGCUCAGCCGGAGACACGAGGCCGACGCCACCAGAGACAGGAAGUUCAUCUCCGACAUGCGCGCCCAGCUGGAGCAGGAGCGAAGGCAGGGGGAGGAGCUUGCAGCUGUGAUGAACAAACUCAGGGCGGAGCUUCUGCAGAGCAGGAGGAAAUGGGAAGAGGAGGACAGAGCGAGGAGGGCGGAGCUGCAGAGGGAGAAGGAGGCCGCCAUCCGACAACGUGUCGCUGUGGAGACUCUAAAGGAGCAGAAACAGGAAAGCUGCUGUGCUUUAGAGAUGGAGCGAGAGCGCAGCACACAGCAAGGGGUGGAAGUGACCGAGCUGAAGGAGAAACUGCACCUGAUCAAGGACAAAGAGAGGGAGAGGGAGGAGCAGUGGGAGAGAGAGAGGAGGAAGGGGAGGAAGGAGCAGAUGGAGAGGGAGAGACGGCAAGAGAGGACCAAUGACAAACUGUGUGAGCUGGAGAUGUUGAGGCAACAGGACCAGCAGCGCAUGCAGGAGCUGCAGCACACUCUGGUAGAGCUGGAAAGAGAGGAGAAAGAAAUGUCUGCUCAGAGGCUGAGGCAGCAUAACAUGGCUGCAUCUUCACAGCAUCUCCAGAGUGACUUCCAGACAGGCAGCGCACAACACAACCAGCAGAUGCCGUCGUCACAGAAUCUGCUGGAAAGGAUGAUGAAGGAGAACUCUGAGCUGACGGAGCGUGUGACAUCGCUCAGCCAGGAGAAAGCCACCCUCAAACACAGACUCACCUUCCUGGAGCGAGAGCUGCGGCUCACGGAAAACGAGCUGGCCAAGGUCACCACGGAAACUGAGAACAGACCCAUCAACGAUGUGAUCAGCAACGCCAAGGUGCAGCGUCUGUAUGAGCGCUACCUGCGGGCUGAAAGCUUCAGGAAAGCUCUGGUGUACCAGAAACGUUACCUCAUACUGCUGCUGGGAGGAUUCCAGGAGUGUGAGCAGGCCACACUGUGUCUCAUCGCACGUAUGGGGGCGUGGCCGACUCCCCCCCUCUCCUCCUACAACAGACCCCGCAGUCGAUUUAGAGCUGUUGUACGAGUUGUCAUUGCUGUCUCAAGAAUGAAAUUCCUAACUAAGAAGUGGCAGAAAGCGAUCAAAAGAUUAUCCGUCUCUGGGAGUGUCAAUGGACAUGCUCCAGGACCUAAAGCUGAAGUUUUAAGGCAACAGCCAAGAAUACAUUUUGAAUCGCCACCAAACAGAGGCAGCAGUUCCGUCCACAGAGACACAGUGUCAGCUCUCGUUCCGCCCCAAAAAUCCCCCUUCAGGUUGCACAACAGGUCGUACUCCAGCCCUACUCCGGCUUUGGAGACGUCAGGAGGAACGUCUCAGGAUCCAGAGCGAUCUCUGACAGAAUAUAUCCACCAUCUAGAGAAAGUCCAGCAGCGAUUGGUUGGAGCAAGACAAAGUGAGGGGCAUUAACUCUCU